CUUCCCACCUCAGAGCCAUGGGGAGCCGGGGUCCUGGUGGGCUGCCCCUGGUGCAGGCCCCCUACACGGUUCUGCUGCUGCCACUGGAGACAAGCCGCCAAGACCCAGGGGCCCAGCGCUUCUUCCUCUGGCUGCAGAGGAUGCAGGCUCUGGAGCGGGAACAGGAUGCCCUGUGGCAGGGGCUGGAGCUGCUGGAGCAUAGCCAGGCCUGGUAUGAGGGCCGUCUGAGGGAGGCCCAGCAACAGCAGCUAUAUCUGGGGGCCCUUGGUGAGAAUUUUCCAACAGAUUUACACUCAGAGCCUGGUGGCCCCCAGUUAGCCCAUAUUCAAAAGGUGAACAUCUGUUUGCAGAACCUGAUUCAGGGGAAGUUCUCCCCGCAUCCCCUGAACAAAGCUAGUUCCUGCGCCACCCAGGACUGGAAGGGAAGGCCAAGGAAGCAGAACGUGUGGCAGCAACAUGUAAGCAGUAGAGGAGUGGGGGGAGGGCGGAAGCCCUGGCCCUCAGUGGGAGGGAGGGCACAGACACCCAGGCUGUCUCCCUCCUCUUCUCCAGGUGGUGUCAAGGCAGCAGAAAGGAGUCACUCAGCCAAAGGGGGAGAUGGCUCAGCCAGGGUGCCCCAGUGGACGGAGGGGCCCUACCCGUGUCUAAGGUCUCCUCUGGUUCCCCUCAGUUGUGCUGGCAAGGCUGAGUCAGAACCCCCAGCCUCCUUAUUCUGCUUCUUGACUCAAUGGCUAAAUGGCUCCAGGUGGCGGGUCAACUGAAAUCCAGACAUCUUGGUGUGAAGUUUCUUCUCCACUCCUGAAAACUUCCAUUUCAUCUUUUUGGUAUCUUACGCUCUCACUCUUCCCUAUAUGAUGUGCAUAAGUGAUCUUUCUUUGAAAUCUCUCUGGGGAGAAGACAUGUUUAUUGGCACUGUCCUUCAACUUUAAAUACAAAAAUAAAAUAUAAGCAUUUCCAGAAUUUCAAAAAUAAAAUAGAAGCGUCUCCAGAAUUUCAAUAAAAGCAAUUCUAUAAAUAACACUUUUCGGUAGGAGGUGGGGUACCCUCUUCCCCACUUACAAUCUUAGUCACUGCCCCAUGUAUCUUCCCCUCUACCUGAGCUUGGGAGAGCAUGAAUAAGUAGUGAAAUAAAGAUGCUACAGAGGGCUUCCCUGGUGGCGCAGUGGUUAAGAAUCCACCUGCCAAUGCAGGGGACAUGGGUUCGAGCCCUGG